AUGUCCUCUCCCUCCAACUACCUACCCAAGGCCGAAUAUGCUCUGCUCGAGCGAUCACUCCUUCUAGGGAGUUGGGAUACGUCAAUAGACAGCUCCUCGAUCUCUGAUCUCGCAAAAUCAUGUGUUCAAGGUCACUUCUCUGUUGUGCUGCGUCACUCGAUUACGAAUACUGUACUUCUGCCGGACGAGGGCGAUCUAUUCUGCAUCAGCGAGACGACCGAUGACAUUGUAAUACUCAUUUUCGCUGUCGCAGCUCUUCAUGCUUUCAUCCAAAUCAACUGGACUGGGCCGGAAUUAGAUUUCACGGUUGGAGAGGUGUUGAACAGAGUGGAUCUGGACGAGGAUGAAAUUAAUCGGAGGGCAAUAGCAGAACUGGCUCUUGGUGGAGAACCUGCGUAUCAUCUUGCGCGCUCUGCGAUGCUUCUCCGGGUGUCACAGAGACUAUUGGAGAAGGCUGAUGCCGACAAGUGUCCUUCGGUCCGAUGGUGGAAGCUGCGUACAGCGACUGUGCACGAACAUCUUCUGGAUGAGGCAGUCGCUCUUCCAGACUCAUUUGUUUCGGACCUGGAUGUUCUUCUGCGUGCUUAUGACAACGAUCCAGAGCUGAGCGGCAGGUUGGAGCUGGAGAAGGGCUUGCUGCAGCAUGCAAUGGGACAGGACAAACUUGCGGGGGAACUGUUUGUUGCAGCAUCUCGAGCUACAGGGAUGGAAUACGAGUUGACCGGAGCGCUUGGCAAGCGGACCAAGUUCCAGGUCAACGAACUCAGCCAGCUGAUCCUCCUUGCUGAAAGCCACCUGAGGUUUGAGGAGCAGGAAGAUGAUCGCAAGGCAGAUUCUGAUAAAAUCGACACCGUCGUGCCCGACACCCUUCUUCUGAAUGACGACACUCUUCUGGAAAAGACUAUGUUCACCGCAUCGUCACCAUCCGCCCACUCUCGACUGUCGCAUCUUGACCCUGGUUCACAGCCUGCUCUCCAUCCGCUCGAUCAGGCAAUCCUGCUUGCGAUGUGUCUCAAUGUGCGGAAUACUUCGCCCGUGCAUGGCCUGACCUCGGAGCAGAUGAUGCCCUAUGUAUCGCGGGUGAUCUCUCAUCCGCGGAACUGGUCGGUGCACACAAUGGCGCUUCUUCUGAGAGCGCGGCUGGAAUCCAACCGGACGCGUACGGUUGAGCGCGCGACCCUGCAGCUCCAGGCGCUGAUCGAGCAGAUGCCCACCUCCGACUCUGAUAUCACUGAGCGACUGCGAUUUGUCCACGACUUGCCGUUGCCGAGCAAAUGGGAAAUGGAGAAGGAGCUAGCCACUCGUUUCCUGAGCUUGGGAGCGACGAGAUCGGCGUUGGAGAUCUUCGAGCGGCUUGAAAUGUGGGAGGACGUGGUCAAGUGCUGGCAGUCAAUGGAAAGGCCGGACAAAGGGAUCGCAAUUGUGCGCGAUCUGCUCGAGGGACGAAAAGCAGAGUCGGAAGUUGUUCUUGCUCGAGCAAAGACUGCAACAUCUGAUGGAAGAAAGGCCAGCAUGGAUAGGGCCAGAGAAGCCAAGCUGUGGUGUCUUCUCGGGGAUCUCGAGCCUGAAAAUGCAGUCGUGCACUACGAGAAAGCGUGGGAUAUCUCCAAGCAGACCGCAGGUCGGGCGAUGCGCUCGCUGGGGGCCUACUACUUUGCUCACGCCGACUUCACCAAGGCGAUGGAGUGUCUGCAGAAAGCGGUCUUGAUCAACCCGCUGCUUCCACGGUCGUGGUUCAUGCUCGGCUGCGCCGCACUGCGUCUCGAGAACUGGCAAGAAGCAAAAAGGGCAUUCAGCCGGUGCGUAGCAAUUGACGAGGAAGACGGCGAGGCAUGGAGCAAUCUGGCAAGCAUGUACAUGCGUCUCGGUGUCCAGGACGCGAGCGACGAUUCUGAUCCGACAGCCUCUGUUCCAUUCGAAAACAAACUGCUUGCGUAUCGUGCAUUGAAGCAGGGCCUGAAAUCCUCGUACGAAAACUGGCGUAUGUGGUACAACUACGUCAUCGUGUCCAUGCAAGUCGGCGAGUUGUCUGAAGCAUGUCGGGCCCAAGGCCGUGUUAUCGAGCUCAAAGGCGAAGGAAGUGUCGAUGAAGAUGUCUUGGAACGACUCGUCAAUGCUCUCACGCGCGCAGCAACCCAAGACGACGGCGAGACUGAAGACGUCAGCCCCAAUCAGGGCAAAGCUCUCUUCAGGCCGGUCAAGCAUCUCUUCGAGGACAUCGUGCUUCCACGGGUGUCUUCGUCUCCCCGAGUAUUCCGGGCUUACGCAAAAAUGUUGAUCUGGGAGGGUCGCUGGGACGAUGCACUCAAGGCUUCGCUGGACGCUUAUAGGUGCAGUGCCGCCGGAACCAUCGAGCAGGGCGACGACAUCGAGAAAUGGCGCGAAGGCGUCACCGAUGUCGAGGAGGUGGUCGAUGCAUUAAAAAACUUGGGCCCUCGGGUGGAGGUCGGAGAUUCAAAGUGGAGAGGGCAAGCCAGAAGCAUCGUCAGGACGUUCAUGGCGAAGACGAAGGAUGCAUUCGAGGAUGAGCCGGAGUGGGCCACUCUCACAGCGCUGUUGGAUGCUCUCAAGAAGAGAGAAGAUGAUUAAAAAUGAAUUCCUGUGUAUUUGUAUGCUGUAGACAUGAACGUACCUGGCCAUGUAUGGCCAGUGUACCUGGCUCCUUUGAAACAGAAUAUUGAUGCUCAGCAUAUCAUGUGAAAGCGAUCCAAUUUCACAUGCCAUCGCCAGGGGACGUCACUGUGACUGGGGAAACUCUUACCUACUAGUAUUGCUCUUUCCGCUCGACUUGUCAUCGCACGGAUAACAACGCUCGGAGGGGCAAACGGAUAACUCUAUGCCCAAAGCAUCAAUAUCUCAGAGCCAUGCCCUGACCAUCCUCGCUGUCCUCCUCUUGACGCGCGGACGGAUCCUAGCUUGGGCGCGCAAGCUCACUCGACUUCGGAGCUCAAAGCUCUCACCCAAAGAGCUUUCCGACGCGAUCCAGCAGCUAUACGUCGUGGACGACGAUGUGAGGAGCUUGCUGGUGACAUAUCGGGAUCGGUUAUCCAAGGUUCCGGUCCAUCCAAUUCCACAAGCGAAAUUCGCAGCGGAUGCGAAGUAUUUCCCACUUGUGUCUGCGAAAGCGAAAGCGAAUAUCGACACAGCGUUCUUGCGCCAGCUAAGCGCCAUUCUAUUCCGUGUCGCGUUCCCAACGUUCCGGUCCAAAGAAACACUGAUUGUGGCCUCACACUCCUUCUUCCUGGUACUGAGGACGGUGUUGAGUAUCAUGGUCGCAAGAUUGGAUGGAGUGAUUGUUCGCGACUUGGUCCGAGCAGAUGGACGAGGUUUCUUGAAGGGCUUGGGGCUGUGGUUUCUGCUCGCCAUACCCAGCACUUAUACGAACACUAUGCUUAGACAUCUCCAGUCGAAACUCUCCCUUCGACUACGAACUCGACUGACACGAUAUACCCACGACUUAUAUCUCUCUUCAGCACCAGAUUUGAAGUACUAUCGUGCAGGAUUGGAGGGUGUUGACCAGUACAUCACUGCCGACGUCGAGGCAUGGGCAGAGGCGAUGGCCGGGCUAUAUGGAAAUAUACUGAAACCGUCGCUGGAUCUCAUCCUGUUUACCAGUCAGCUGUCCAAGUCGCUCGGCGUUCGGGGCACGAUCCUCUUGUUCGGCAACUAUUAUGUGACAGCGAGUAUUCUCCGAGCUGUCACACCUGCAUUUGGUCGACUCGCUGCAGUAGAGGCACAGCUUGAGGGUGAAUACCGGGCCGGAAUGGGCCGUGUAGGCCGAGAGGGCGAAGAAAUCGCAUUUUACGACGGUGGCGCGAGAGAGCGCGACAUAUUGAGCACCGCAUAUCUACGAUUGGUCAAGCACAUCAAUUCUAUCUACAAGAUCCGAAUCGCAUAUGAAUGGACCGAAGACUAUGUGAUCAAAUAUCUCUGGUCUGCGAUGGGCUAUGGUUUGAUCGCUGUGCCUCUGCUAUUCACCCGGAAACGUCGAGCUGUCGGAGUGCAGACGGGUGAAGGAAAUGGACCAGCAGAUGAUGCAGUCGCUGGUCGCACUGAAACAUACAUUUCGAACCGGCGUCUGCUGAUCUCGCUGGCCGAUGCCGGCGGGAGACUGAUGUACGCCUACAAGGAUCUGCUUGAGCUUGCUGGAUUGACAACGAGGAUCUACACGUUGCUGUCGACCCUGCACAAUCUGCCCCCGGUGUCGUCUUCGGAAGCCGAUGUGGACAGCGUCAGGAUGACCAACGUUGAUGUGGGAAUUCCAACAGCGGAGAUUGAGAUGACGGGGACACAUGAGCUUGUGAAGGAUCUUUCAUUCGCGCUCCAGGAGGGAGAGCAUCUCAUGAUCACCGGCAGCAACGGCGUCGGAAAGACAGCCGUAGCACGUGUUCUGGCGGGACUCUGGGCGCCGCAUGGAGCCGGGGCGCAACUUGAACGCCCACGAGAUGGGACGGGCGUUUUUGUUGUGCCCCAGCGAGCGUACAUGGUGACGGGGAGCUUGAUCGACCAGAUCAUCUAUCCGCACUCGUACCCGCAAUUCUUGCAGUCGGGCAGGACGGAAUCGGAGCUGAUGGAGAUAUUGGAGAUGGUCUUCCUCGCUUAUCUGCCAGAACGGGAGGGUGGUUGGUCCACACGCAAAGAAUGGCGUGAUAUCUUGAGUGGUGGCGAGAAACAACGGAUGGGGAUGGCACGUGUUCUGUACCAUCGGCCCAAGUUUGCUAUUCUUGACGAAUGUACGAGUGCCGUCUCGAGUGAUGUGGAAGGCCGGAUGUACGAGAACGCAAAGAAGAUGGGCAUCACACUGAUUACCAUUUCCUUGAGACCGUCAUUGUCC